AUGGAGGUGGGUGAGAGAUCUUCUCCUAUGCAGCAGGUAGAAUCCACACAAGGAUCUGGACCUUUUAUAAACAGAAAAGACAACAAUGAUCAAUGUUUAGCGAAGUCUGAUGAGAAACCGUCACAAGAAAAGACUUUCCAGGAUAUUGGGAAAGAAAUCUGGGAGAAUAUGUCACAGGGAUACAACUCUUGUGUUUUUGCCUUUGGACAAACAGGAUCAGGGAAAUCGUUCUCAUUGUUGGAGAUCCAAGAACAACCAAGUCUGGUCUCAUUCUUCUGCUCUGAGUUGUUUAACAGCCAGCAGGAUGCCUUUAAACGUUUACGAGUUAGCGUCUCAUUUGUGGAACUGUGUGAUGAAGAAAUGAGGGAUCUUUUAGCACCUAAUGGGGUGCAGAGAGCAAUAAAACAGAGUGAAUGUGAUCCAUCAGGGCCUUAUGCUGAGGGAUUGUCCCACCAUAUUGUUGGUAGUUAUGAGACUAUUAAACAAAUGCUAAUAGCAGGAAAUAAGUGUAGGGCUAUGGCUGCCAAUGCUAAAUCUACUAUAGAUGGGAAAGCCAGCCAGCCAUGGGCUAUAUUUACACUAACAAUACGAUAUACUAAUGGCUCAGGUACAACUAAUGAGCUCUGCCGCAAGGUCAGCUUUGUGGAUUCUGGAGGUAGUGAGGGACAUGAGCAUUUAAAAUUAGACUCAUUCAUGGGCAUAAAUCUAUCUGAAUCCUCCAGGGAAAUAACAGACAAUGGUGUGGAUCAGAGAGACUCUUUGCUUUCUUGGCUUCUCAAUCAGUUUCUGGGAGGAAAGAGCAAAGCAACAAUUGUAGCCAUGAUUGACCCAAGUGCAGGUAACUACCAGGAGAUUCUCACUGCUCUGACUUCUUCAGUGGGAGCCAAGCCCAUAGUUAUUCAGCCACUGAGGCCGGAGGAUUCCGAGAACAUUAUUACAGAUUCACUACAGAGGAAUCCUGAUUCUGAUGCUUAUCCAAACCGUAACCAGUUAUCAGCAGGUCAGAACAUUGUUGGAACCACCACCAAUAGAAACCUUUGCAACAACCACACUGCUGAGGGUGAUGCAUCAAAUAUCCAGAAACCAAGAGAAAAUGUGAAAGUAUUCUACUGGGAUGAACCCCCUGAUGUUACAUUUUUGGAAUCUCGGUUAAAGGAGCGAUUUCCCAUGAUAAGCAAGGGCAUGUCACUCAUUCCACUUUGUGAGAUGGCUGAGGAUGAAUGGAAAUCGGAAGCCAGGAAAGCCAAGAUUAUUAUAUUUUGUUACUCUAUGCAAUCAAGAAAGCACAUAGAAGAUGAAACGACUUAUUUGCAAUUCUGUAUUGGAAUGAAUGAUCUUAAGGAAAUGGAAAAGCAAUCAGAAAAUGAAAAAAAUGGACAGAAAACGCUCAUCAGGAAACACCAUCAAAUUGGGAUUUUCUCCAGAUCAGCAGAGAGUGAUUACGAUUGGUUACAAACGUCCCUCAGAACAGAGUUGAGGGAUUUGGUGGUGGGCGUCAGUUCCUAUUACAUCUCUAAUAAUGGAUGGCUGCAGUUCUUGGAAGAGGUGUCUCAGUGCACAUUCGGGAUCCUGUAUCACACUAUGAGGAGAGGGAGGCUGAAUAUCACCAAUGUCACUGACGCUUUGUAUGAUGACGAGCUGAAAUAUAUGGCUGAAAUUCUAGGGAAGGAGAAUGUGAUUGUGUUGGCUGAUGACCUGGAGGACAGUAGUCCUGAGGAGAAGCACAGAAUCCUGGCGAACCAAUACUAUAUUAGAGAAUACGCCUGUGACCUGGUUCUCCUCACACGAGAAGACAAGGAAGACAAAGCUCGGCUGAUGGAGGAGCUGGAGAAAAUUAGAUCUGCUUUACUUGUCACAAGUCUUUAUGUGCAACUUACUGAGAGAGAGGAUAAAGAGAAUCAGUUCAAAAGCCAUAUGAAGGCACAAGCCAUUAAAGCCAAGAAAAGCUUUUCUAUGAAAUUGUAUGGCAUUAUGGCUUCCAGUCUAACAACCUUAAAGCGAAAAACAGCCAAUUGUGUCAAAAUGUUUAAAUCUGAUUCAAAACAAACUGUUCCAUUCCCUGCAGAGACAAAUGUAGAUAACAGAGCAGGGGAUCCCUGUACAGCUGAUAAUCACCCAACACAAGAACACAGAAGACAUGGAAUAAAUGCUGGGACAGAGCAUCAGAGACAACCUAAUGAACGGCAGUGCCAGUCUCACCAGCAAGGUGUUUCCCAGGGGGAAACUUCCAGGACUGGAAGAACAUGUUUGUUCAUCAGGAAACACCAUAAAAUUGGGAUUUUCUCCAGAUCAGCAGAGAGUGAUUACGAUUGGUUACAAACGUCCCUCAGAACAGAGUUGAGGGAUUUGGUGGUGGUUGUUAGACCCCAUUACAUCUCUAAUAAUGGACGGCGGCAGUUCUGGGAAGAGGUGUCUCAGUGCACAUUUGGGAUCCUGUAUCACACUAUGAGGAGAGGGAGGCUGAAUAUCACCAAUGUGACGGACGCUUUGUAUGAUGAGGAGUUGAAAUAUAUGGCUGAAAAACUAGGAAAGGAGAAUGUGAUUGUGGUGGCUGAUGACCUGGAGGACAAUAGUCCUGAGAAGCAGCAGAGAAUCCUGGAGCACCAGCCCAAUAUUGGAGAAUAUGCCUGUGACCUGGUUCUCCUCACUCCAGCAGAUAAGAAAGAGAAAGUCCAACUGAUGGAGAAGCUGAAGACGAUUGGAUCUGCUUUACACGUCACAAGUCUUUAUGUGCAUCUUACUGAGGAAGAGGAUGAUGAUGAUCAAAUCAAAAACAUUACAGAGGAAAUUACACGUCUUGUUAACAAUCUUCCUAAACCUGUUGAAAAAACAAUGAAAGAAAUCAUGCAGAGACUGGAUUGUGAUACUCCUGAUUUUCUGAAAAAAUACUUUAAACAGGCCAAAGGCAGAACUGUCAAUAUAGUUCAAUUUUUUAAGAAUUUCGAUUUAAAAGAAAAAGGCACUUCUGAAAGCAAGGAUUCCUGGGAACUAAGAAGGUUAAAUAGUUUGACGGACUCAUUAAUGCAACUAGUGCCAGUACAACGUGCAAAGAAGAAGCACAAGGUUGGGAUAUUCUCCAGAUCAGCAGAAGAUGAUUAUCGGUGGCUGCACAGGUUCAUUCUAUCAGAGUUCAGUGAUUAUGUUCAGGAGGUGAGACCCUGUUACAUCUCUAACUAUGGGCUCAUGCAGUUCUUGGAGGAAUUAUCUCAGUGCUCGGUCGCUAUCCUGUAUCACACCAAGAACAGAGGGAGGAUUAACAUCACUGAUGUGGAGGGGUCUCUGUAUGAUGAGGAGCUGCAAUAUUUAGCUGAGGAACUGGGGAGGGACAGAGUCAUGGUGGUGGUGGAUGACCUGGAGGACAGCAGCUCUGACGAGAAAGAAAGGAUUCUGAGGAGCCAAGGAAGCAUUGGGAAAUGGGCCAGUGACCUCAUUCUCAUCAGCACAGCUGAGAAGAACUUUCAUGCCUCCGGAAAAUCAAAUUAUAAACAGCUAUUGUUGGAAAAGUUUAAUAGAUUUACAAAGGUUUAAAUUGUUCAAGGAAAUUACACUCCCCACAGCAGAUCCAGAAGUCUUUCAGACUCAGGAAGCCUACAGACGCUACAUGGGCUUGGCCAGUUCUCUGCAGAAGAAUGGAAUGCUUGCGCCUACCUAUGGCAUGGAUCAAUCUAUGAUCUUCCUCUUGCACUUAAUGUCUACUCAGGAGUGUUCUUAAUUGUUUGGUAUCAUCUUGUUCUGGUAUCUCAGAACCAUCUCAGAACUGUCUCAUGACUAUCUCAGAUCCUUGAGAGGAGCCCUAGUUGUUUAUGUGUUUCCAUUACUGAAAAGGGUUCUCCUGAUUCUGUUUACGGCAGUAUAACAGCAUAAUAUAAAGAAUAUCUAGUUAAAAAUAAAUCAUCUUUAUUGAAAACUA